UGGUAACAAGCUUUGACAAAGCUUUUUGGUGUGGAACCGGCAAGUUAGCGGUUGUGUAACUUAAGUUUUGCACAAGUUUUUCACGUUGUGUCGAUUCCCCCAUUAUUUUUAUUGCAAUGGCCAGAGGUUCCAACGCGAUGGCACGUGGUGGUCCGAGGGGCGGAAGAGGAGGCCGAAGAGGGAUGACCAAGAAAGGAGGUCAAAUCCAACUUCAAGUUGAGCUGAACACAGACGACGAAUGGACAAAAUUCAUAGAUCGCGAGGGCCUGAUUGUGGUGGACGUUUUCAGCGAAUGGUGUGGACCAUGCAUAGGAAUGGUUGGCAACCUGAAAAAAUUGAAACUGGAACUUGGAAGUGACCAUUUACACUACGCUGUCGCGAAAGCUGAGGGUAUCACGGUUUUAAAUAGAUUUAAAGACCGCAGUGAACCAACAUGGAUGCUUGUUGCGGGAGGAAGACUGAUCAAAAUCAUGAUGGGAACCGACGCUCCACGAUUAAUGAGACUCAUACAGCAAGAGCUCCAUAAGGAGCUUAAAGUCAUGGCUGGAGAGAGGGAACGAGAAUCACUUGAUUUCAGCGAAAUAACUGAGGAGGAAAGGAAACAAAUGGAAUAUGAGAAACGACUCCAGAGGGAACAAGAGGAGCAAGAGGCAAAAGAAUUAGCGGAGAAGAUUCGAAAAGCCAAAUUACGGUCACUGAAACGUCUGGCCCAGAAACUGACCUCAAACUCUGUGAUAAUUUUCUUCCCAACUGUUUACUCUGAAAGUCUUGGUUGUGAGCCUGCCUUGAAACUGCUACCACUCUAUGAAGAAGCAUCUCUGAGCGUCGUGGAUCAGCUUCCUUUUCAAAUCACCAAGGACAAUCUUGAUUUGGUUUUCUACGAAUCCGGACUGGAGCUAACGGACGCUUUUAAAAAGACUCUGACGUCAUUGGAGUGCUAUGUGACGUUACUACAGUAUCAACCGGUCAACCCGGACCCUGAAGCCCCCCCUGAGAAGGAGGAACCCCUUGAUUUGGGCGUCAUAGAACAGAAAACGGUCAUGGUUGCGACAGGCAACGGAGACUGCCUAAAUCCAGCACCUAAGAGUAUAGCGCAAGUGUACAUGAACACAACUGAAUCCGGGGAGAAGGAGCUGGCGUUGUGGACUCCUACCAGUCCUCUGUCGAAAGCAGCGAUUUUUCAGCAAGUUUUCCCGCGGCGCGUGGAAGCUUUGGGUCACGUCGAUGAGAGGCUGCCACCGCCGUCGUACAUAAUCAUUUACGAGGCCACAAAAGCUCCUGAGCUGAUGGAAACAAUAAAAGAAAACAGUGACAUCGUGGAAAAAUUCGGCUUUUUUGACAGCGCUGACCCUGCUACUGCCAAGCUCCUUUGCAAAACUCACGAGGAUUUACUCCUCUUCGGCGAAGAUCAAAUUUUGCUGAGCAAGCUGGUGAUUGCGAUGAAGGACACGAAGAAGGACGAGUCGAUCCUGCUGUUCUCGCAGCUGUUCCCGAUCUACAUCUCGCCGGACCCGACGAUCGGGCUCAAGGAGCGCGAGCAGUUCUUCCCGUUCGACUUCGACGACUGGGAGGGCAGCGUGGCCGAGUUGAAGCGACAGCGGAAGAUCGCCGAAGAGCAACGGCUCCGGGCCAUCCGGGAGGCAGAGGCAGCUGCCGCCGAAGCCGCCGCCGAAGAGGAGGCUCAGGGAGAGGGUGGUCAAGAGGGCGAAGGGUUGCAGGAGGCCGAGGGUGACGCCCCCGAGCAGAAGCCAGAAGCUUAGCGGAAGUAAAGGGGGUGGAAGUUAUAGACGUGCAGCAAGUUAUAGAAGGGCAGCCAGUGGCUGAGGGCGACACCCAGAAACCGCCCGAGCAGAAACCAGAAGCUUAACGGAAGUGAAGGGGAUGGAAGUUAUAGACGUGCAGCUGCAGCAAUUUAUAGAAGGGCAGCUAGUGGCUGAGAGCGACACCCAGAAACCGCCCGAGCAGAAACCAGUAAGCUUUAACGGAAGUGAUAGGAGUGUAAGAUCUAUAUGUGUUUUAAAAAGGGCAGCCAGUGGCCGGAGGUAACCCCUCGAUCAAAAACUAUUGAAGCUCAACGGAAGUGAAAGGGUUGAAAGUUAAGGAUGUGUUAUAAAAAGGCAGCCAGUGGCCGAGGGUGACACCCAGAAACUGCCCGAGCAGAGACCAGAGGCUUAACGGAAGUGAAAGGGAUGAAAGUUAAAGAUGUAUUUUUAAAAGGGCAGCCAGUGGCUGAGUAUGACGCCCAGAAACCCCCCGAGCAGGAACUAGAAGCUCGACGGAAGUGAAAGAAAAGAAAGUUAUAGAUGGGUUUUUAAUGGGGUAGCAGCCGGUGGUCAAGGGUAACGCCCA